AUGGAGGCUAUGACGGGUUGCAAAUUCCUUCAAAAGUUUCGGCUCUACGAAACCAGAUCGAAAUUUUAUCUUAUUGGAAGAGACGAGACCAGGAUUCACUGGAGGGUGCUAAAAAUUGAUCGGUUGGAGUCCACUGAGCUGGGCGUCGAGGAGGAUCCAACUAUUUACACGGAGAAUGAAUGCCAAGAACUGCUUUGUCGGAUCCAUGAGGGGAACAAGUUGACUGGUGGACUGAAAUUUGUCACAAAAUGUUACGGAAUAGUUGGUUUUGUAAAGUUUCUUGGUCCUUAUUACAUGGUUAUAAUAACCAGGAGAAGGAAAAUUGGCACAAUAUGCAGACAUGAAAUUUAUUCCGUUGCCAAGAGCGAAAUGAUUGCAAUUCCAAGUGUUAUAGUCUGGCCCAACGUGGCUUAUUCUAGGGAUGAGAACAGAUAUAAGCGCCUGCUUUGCUCAGUUGAUCUUUCGAAGGAUUUCUUCUUCAGCUACUCUUACAACAUCAUGCGCAGCCUUCAGAAGAACAUAACCAAGAAGAAUACUGGACAGGUUGUUUAUGAAACAAUGUGUGUAUGGAAUGAAUUUCUGACACGAGCGAUUCGGAAUCAUCUCAAGAAUACCUGUUGGACUGUUGCCUUAGUCCAUGGCUUUUUUAAACAGUCGAAGCUCUCUGUAUCUGGCAAGGAUUUUUGGUUGACCCUUAUAGCUAGGCGCUCGCGACAUUUUGCCGGAACCAGAUUCUUGAAACGUGGCGUUAAUGAAAAGGGCAGGGUAGCCAAUGAUGUUGAGACUGAACAGAUUGUUUUUGAAGACACAUCUGAUGGAAUCCCAACUCAGAUAGCUUCUGUUGUACAACAUAGAGGAUCGAUACCUCUUGUCUGGUUUCAGGAAACUUCAAGGCUUAAUAUUAGACCAGAUAUUAUAUUAAAACCUGAUGUGGACUACAAGGCGACUCGCCUUCAUUUUGAGAACCUUGCACUUAGAUAUGGGAAUCCAAUAAUCAUCUUGAACUUAAUAAAGACCCGCGAGAAGAAGCCCCGUGAAUCUCUGCUCCGUGCAGAAUUUGCAAAGGCUAUCCAUUACAUUAACAAGAGCCUACCUGAUGACAAGCGUCUAAAAUUUUUACACAUGGAUCUGAGUAAGCUUUCUCGAAGGAAAGGAACCAAUGUGCUUGCACUGUUGAACAAGGUGGCAUCAGAUGUGUUGGAUCUAACUGAAUUCCUCCACUGUGAAAUAAGUACAUCAACAAAACCUGAUGACACCUCAAGUGGAGAAGAAACUGUUGCCAAACCACGUGAUGACAGAAGUAGCAGAGAUCAAACUGAAUGUGCAGCUAAGUUGGCACCUCUUUUAUUACAAAAGGGUGUCCUCAGGACAAAUUGCAUAGACUGCUUGGAUCGCACAAAUGUUGCACAAUUUGCAUAUGGUUUAGUUGCUUUAGGGCGUCAACUUCAUGUAUUGGGGCUUACUGUAGCACAGAAAAUUGAAUUGCAUGAUCCUCUGGCUGAUGAUCUGAUGGAUUUCUAUGAACGGAUGGGUGAUACAUUAGCUAUUCAGUAUGGUGGUUCUGCUGCUCACAAUAAGAUCUUCUGUGAGCAAAGGGGCCAAUGGAAGGCAGCAACCCAAUCUCAGGAGUUCCUUCGAACCCUUCAACGCUACUACAAUAACGCCUACACUGAUCACGAGAAGCAGGAUGCUAUAAACAUGUUCUUAGGUCAUUUCCAACCUCAGCAAGGGAAACCUGCAUUGUGGAAGCUGGACUCAGAUCAGCAUUACAACAUUGGGAGGCAAGGAACUUUAAAAGAAGAGAUUGGAAGAUCAUUCAUAAAGAGGUCACUAUCAGAUGGUAACAUACUGUUGGAGAACAGCUUGCCUAUAACUAACUGUAACAACGAAUCAAACAACACAGAAUUGCUCCCAAUGCAACAGCUGGAUGAUAUUAGAGAACCUUCUGAUUCUGCGCCAGAGAUCUCCAUAUGCGAACCUAACCCGUGCUCCAGUAUGAACUAUGGCACAGUGCCUGGAAGACACUCCAUGUCAGAAGAGCGGCAGAGUUAUUUGAAAAGAUUAGGUUACCCUGAAUUGCAUUCUUCAAAUUUCCUUGACCUUGAUUUGUUGUCAUCUUCAGGGAAUUCGUGUGACGAGGAAGUUUUUGAGAGGUCAUCACUGAUCAAUUCACCUAUGGAUGUGAUCAGUGUUGAAUCAUCUACGUCAUACAGUGAACAAGGACACAUUGAUGAGGGCAGGGAUGACACCGAUCUUUCCCGUUCGAGCAGCCAGCUCUCAGACGUUCGGGACUACUCUGACCGCUUUGCGCACUGGGUCGCGAAUGGAGGCAUGCUUUGCUACUAG